GUGUCACAUGACACGUCUCGCUCCUGAAGGACGCGGAAGUGGAGAUCAAACCACUGCGGAAUAAAAGUGGUUAUAUUCAUAUUUAUGAAUAUGAGCGACGAUUAUUACCUGGAGCUCAGCGAAAAUCCUGUGCAGUUUGAAAACGCGUCGAGCGUCAACAAUGUGUUUUUCGACGAGGCAAAUAAACAGGUGUUUGCUGUGCGAUCUGGUGGGGCUACAGGUGUUGUGGUUAAAGGACCUGAUGACAAGAGCUCAGUGGCUUUCAGAAUGGAGGACAAAGGUGAGGUGAAGUGCAUCAAAUUCUCUUUGGGGAACAAAAUCUUAGCGGUUCAGCGUACUUUAAAGUCAGUUGAUUUCACAAACUUCAUUCCUGAUUAUCCACACUUGGAAUUCUCCCAUGAGUGCAAGACGAAGAAUGCCAGUAUUCUUGGGUUUUGUUGGACCAACUGGAAUGAAGUUGUGUUCAUCACUGACCAGGGAAUAGAGUUCUAUCAGGUUCUGCCUGAUAAACGGAUGUUAAAACUCUUAAAGAGCCAGAACAUCAAUGUGAACUGGUAUAUGUAUUGUCCAGAAACAGCCGUGCUUCUCCUCUCCACCACUGUACAAGGCAACGUCCUACAGCCUUUUGCUUUCAAGACUGCAACUAUGUCAAAGAUGACCAAAUUUGAGAUCGAACUUCCAGUGGUGCCCAAACCAGCCAAGCUCAGCCUCUCUGAACGGGACAUCGCUGUGGCCACAAUCUAUGAUCAGCUGUAUGUGAUGUAUUUAAAGCAUCACUCCAGGACUACUAACAGUCCGGGAGCCGAGGUGGUCCUCUAUCAUUUACCCCGAGAAGGCACUUGUAAGAAGACUCACGUGCUUAAACUCAACACCACAGGAAAGUUUGCGCUGAACGUGGUGGAUAAUCUGGUUGUCGUCCACCAUCAAAGCUCUCAGACCUCACUCAUCUUUGAUAUUAAGCUGAGAGAGUCAGAGGGUCCCGUGAGCGCUCAUCAGCCGGUUCUUCCUGCUCGAUCCAUCAAUCCCUGUAAGAUCCCCCUCACAGGACCUGCGGCUGCUCCGAGUCAAGCCCCUGUGCCCUGUGAACUGUACUCGUCGUCUUGGAGCGUCUUUCAACCAGAUAUCAUCAUCAGCGCCAGUGAAGGAUAUCUGUGGUACCUUCAGGUGAAGCUGCAGCCCACACUCAACCUCCUGCAGGAUAAAGGGAAACUCAUGGACUUCCUGUUGCGGAGACGAGACUGUAAAAUGGUUAUUCUGUCUGUGUGCUCGCAAAUGCUGGUUGGGGCAGAUAAGAGGAAUCUGUCUGUGGUGGCCACAGUGUUUGAUAAACUCAAUCAAGUGUACAAAGAAUACCUGGACGCAGAGCAAGCGUACACUACGGCAAUGGAGUCUGGUCCAAGCCGCUCCAGCAUGUCUUAUAAAAGACCUGUUCGGACCCAGGCGGUCAUAGACCAGUCUGAUAUGUACACUCAUGUACUGUCCGACUUCACUGAGAGGAAGGGUGUAAACCAUAAGUUUAUCAUUGCAGUCCUUAUGGAGUACAUUAGAUCCCUAAACCAGUUUCAAAUCCCCGUCCAGCAUUACUUAUAUGAGCUGGUCAUCAAAACGUUGGUCCAGCACAAUCUUUUCUACAUGCUUCACCAGUUUCUUCAGUAUCACGUCCUGAGCGACUCCAAACCUCUGGCCUGUCUGCUUCUGUCUCUAGAGAGCACAUAUCCACCAGCUCACCAGCUCUCUUUAGAUAUGCUCAAGAGGCUUUCCACAGCGAAUGAUGAGAUCGUGGAGGUUCUUCUCUCCAAGCAGCAAGUUUUAGGAGCUCUGCGUUUCAUUCGUAGCGUCGGAGGCCACGACAACGUCUCCGCGCGGAAAUUUCUGGAUGCCGCGCUACAGACAAGCGACACGAUGUUGUUUUACACCAUUUUCCGAUUCUUUGAGCAGAGGAAUAUGAGGUUACGUGGGAAUCCGGUUUUUAACCAAGGAGAACACUGUGAGGAACAUGUGGCCUACUUCAGACAAGUCUUUGGAGAGAACGCUUUGAUGAAACCCGCCACUGUGUGAAGAACGAUAGAAAGGUUUGGCCUCAACAGAUGGAAUGAUGGUCAAAUAUCAAACUGUACAAACACUAGACUAAGACCAGUGUCUUUUUAAAGACACAAUGAUCACUUUAAUGCUGGGUUCUUUCAACCUAUUAUCGGAUAAACAAUUCACAGAUUAACCAAGGCUGGGUUUGUCCACAUUUGACCCAACCAUGUGUUGAAAUCAACCCAGCAUUUUUUAUAAUGUACAGCACUGGCUACAUGUUUGCAGUCAUAGCAGUUACAGGACUCAGAAUGGAAAAUUACUAACACCGUAACAUGUUAAACAGAUGCUUUAGUCACAGCGCUCCACUUAAGCGACUUGAAUGUAUGUGAAUGCUGAUUAUGUAUAUAUUUAAAAAAGUAAUGUCUAACUUUUACAGUAUAUACAAUAAAUAUGAAAUG